GCAGCGUUCGGUGCACACAAUCCGCUCCUCCCAGGAGGAGAUCAGUCUCUCUCCCGGCCUUUUGGCUUUGUUUCUCAGCCUUUCAUGAAGACAAAGCCAGUUGCUGAGCCUUCCACCCGCACACAGCAGCCUAUUGUGACUGGAACGGGCGUUCUUGGUAUCAAGUACAAUGGUGGAGUGAUGCUGGCUUGUGACACGCUUGGCUCAUAUGGAAGUCUUGCGAGAUUUAGAACAGUAAAACGAUUGGAAAAAGUUGGAGAUUUUACUGUUGUCGGUGCAAGUGGAGAUCUUAGUGACUUUCAAAAGAUUUCCUCCAUGUUGAGAGAGAUGAGUACUUCAGACUCAGCGUAUGAUGAUGGAUGCAACAUGACCCCUCGAGAUAUCCAUCAGUACCUUGGAAGAGUCAUGUACAACAGACGUAAUAAGUUUGAUCCGCUCUGGAAUGAGCUGGUUGUGGCUGGAUUUCGUGAUGGGAAACCAUUUCUUGGAGCGGUGGAUUUGAUUGGCACCAUGUAUGAGGACGACAUCAUUGCAACCAGCUUUGGAAAUUAUGUUUGCUUGCCCCUAAUGAGAAAGGCUGGCACAAAUUUGAGCAAGGAGGAAGCGAAGCAAGUGAUGGAAAACUGUCUCAGAGUUCUGUAUUACAGGAACACGAAGUCCAGCACUAAGAUUCAAAUCGCCACUGUUUCUGCUGAAGGAGUUGAAAUCGGAGAACCGUUCGAGAUUUCUACUUACUGGGGUUAUUCUGCAUUCCAGCAUACGGAGUAUCACGGGAAGAGGUUGUAGAUGUGUUUGUACACCAAGACAUGACUCGAGUAAGACUGAUCGUCCCUUUUCUAAUUAUUGGUUUUAAAAACAAAUCAUUACAUGCAUCGUUACCAGGU